CCACCUCACCUGGCAUGAUCAUAUGCCCGAUUGAUUUGUAUUUUGACAAAUAAUAAAUAAUUAAUCUUUGAUAAGAAUAUUUGACAUCGAUCAUCAUGGCUCAAUCGGAAGAUGUUCGUGCUAUGAUCGAACAUGUUCGUGUGAAAAAAGCUGAUGGCACUCUGUAUCUGAUGAACGAGCGUAUUGCAUGGAUGCCGAAUGGCAAAAAUACAUUCACCAUAUCACAUAAGUAUGCCGACAUUAAAACGCAAAAAAUUUCGCCCGAAGGAAAACCCAAAAUUCAAUUGCAGAUCGUUUUGGCCAAUGGCAGUGAUACAUUUCAUUUUGUUAAUCCUAAAGGCCAACCGGCACAGCUUGAGGAUCGUAAUCAAGUCAAAGAAAUUCUACAGCAAAUGUUGCCGUUGUUUCGGCGAAAAAUGUCCCAAGAAAUGGAACAAAAAUGCAAAGUAUUGGUGGACAAUCCAACACUGUAUCAACUUUAUAAAGAAUUGGUUGCUACCAACAUCAUCAGUACGGAUGAAUUUUGGCAAACUUAUGCCACACGAAAACAGUUAUCAAUGAAAGGAAUCGAUCCUACCGGUAAAAAAGAAAAAGUCGGUGUCUCAUCGGCUUUUUUGGCCGAUGUUAAGCCACAAUCGGAUGGGCAGAAUGGCAUCCACUAUAAUAUCACCAGCGAAAUUAUCGAGGCUAUUUUUCAGACAUAUCCCGCCGUCAAACGAAAACAUUUUGAAUGUGUUCCACACAAACUGACCGAACAAGAAUUCUGGCAGCGUUUCUUUCAAUCCCAUUAUUUUCAUCGUGACCGUAUGACUUCCAUGAAAGAUUUCUUCAAUGAUUGUGCCAAACAGGAUGAAAUGGACAUUCAAAAUGCUAUUAAAAAAGGAAUUAUUGAUCCAUUCUUCGAUAUCAGAGUAUUCGAUGACCCAGUCGAACCGACCAUCGAAAAUGUUUUAGGUUCAGAAGCGACAACUAGCUCGGCCAACAAACCCGAACUAUCUGCCAACAAAGCUUUGAUUAGAAGGUUUAAUUUUCACUCAAUCAUGGUUUUGGAUGCAUGUCGAUCCGAGGAAGAACGUGGAUACAAAGAUCCCUUGUCAAUCAUCAACGGUGGAGAUAAAAAGAAAGAAUCAAAAGAAAAACCCGAAGAAUUAACCACCACCAUUGUCGAAUCAAAAGAUGAUGCCUUCGAGACUGAAAGAUUGGUGGCAAAAAAACGUCGAUUAAAAGAAGCCACCGAAUAUGACGAUCUGGCCGGGAAAAAGCCUUCGGUUGGUGCAUCGAUUGAUGAAUUCGAUGAAGGUAUUGAACCGCCUAAACUUCAAGUUACCAAUGUCGAACGUUAUAUGUAUGGUCCUACACCUUUGUUGAAAAAUUCAGAAAAUUCAUAUGAUUAUCCUCAUGAUAAACGAAAUGUUAAAGCCUCGCUGCAAGCUGCUUUAUUACAACAAAUUACAACCAUCUCAUCCAAUUGGCGGCCAUUUUCCGGUAUCAUUUUGGAUUCCAAGAAAGCUAUCCAGGUCGUAAACGAUUUAUCACCCGGUGGCAUACUGAUGAAAGAUGCCAGUGUUGUGUCAUCCAAUCUCAAAGAUGAAAUACCUAAGGAUAUUGUAUUGGAACUCAAACACCUUCAAAUGGCAUUGGACGAAUUACUUUAUCAUUUUUGGCAAUGCGUUCCAUUUUCGAAUCAAGUUCACGAAAAAAAGUUUAUCGAAAUGAAAGAAACGUUGGACCGUUUUCAUAUCAAUAAAUUGCAGCCAUUUCAUGAUCGCGUCUCCAAAGAAUAUCACCGGGACUUAACGAGCCAUUUAUUCAACAAACUUGAAUCGGCACAUGCUCGCUAUAAUAAUUGGUAUAGAAAAAAACAGUUACAAUUCAAAAAUUAAACUAUUUUAUGUUUGGGCUAACCCUCAAAAAAAA